CAGUCGUGGAUCUGCUCGGUUUUCUACUGAACAAUUUUUUUUUUCCUGCGUGUGGAAGGUUUUUAUUUUUAUGUUUUUUUUUUUUUUUUUUUGCGCACAGACAUGGAGUGUGAAGAUGCGGAUUACAGAGGAUUCUCCUCCGCUACUUUAACCGCAUUAUCGUAUCCGCACACACCGACACACUGUUGCUUUUGCCACAAAUAAUCAGCACUAUAACUGCGCGUUUUCUGCCCGCAGGAGUAAAUCUGAGAUUUUUGGAGAAUAGAUUCCCUUUGGAAUCCGUCAGAGCGCGAGCCCGCUAGCCUGGUAGCCAUUAGCUCCAUUAGCCGGCUAAUAGCUAAAAGCAGCUGGCUGCUGCUGAAAAGCUUUGACUUUAUCACGCCAAGGCGACUUUUCCCUGCCCACGGUGCGCUCCUCUGUGGGAUUGGGGAGGAUUUUCUUUUUCAGGCAUGAGGUGUGGAACAGAAAGACGCCGUUUGACCUUGUUUUGGGCUCUGAUGAUGCUGGUUCUGUCGUCCUGCCUCCGGCCCGCCGCCGCAGAGAUCUGUGGCCCCAGCAUCGACAUUGGAAAUGACAUCAGCGAAUUCAAGCGUCUAGAAAACUGCACUGUGGUGGAGGGCUACUUGCAGAUCCUCCUCAUUGUCGACAAAAACAACAACAUCAACCAGGAAGUCUUCCGUUCACUCAGCUUUCCUAAGCUGACAAUGAUCACCGAUUACCUGCUCCUUUUCCGUGUGUCCGGCUUGGACAGUCUGAGCACGCUCUUUCCCAACCUAACUGUCAUCCGUGGGCGUAAUCUUUUUUACAAUUAUGCCCUUGUGAUCUUUGAGAUGACCAGUUUGAAGGACAUUGGCUUGUACAACUUGAGGAACAUCACCCGUGGUGCAAUCCGCAUUGAGAAGAACCCUGAGCUCUGCUACUUGGACUCGAUAGAUUGGUCCCUGAUUAUGGAUGCUGAAUUCAACAAUUUUAUUGCUGGAAACAAGCAGUCUAAGGAGUGCAGUGACGUUUGUCCAGGCAUCAUGGAGAAUAAUCCUCAGUGCAGGAAGACCAUUUUCAACAACAACUACAGCUAUCGAUGCUGGAAUUCUAAUCACUGCCAGAAAGAGUGCCCAGAGAAGUGUGCACGGCGGGCAUGCACUGCAGAUGGUGAAUGCUGCCACCCUCAGUGCCUAGGCAGCUGCAUGAUUCCUGGUAGUGACACGGCGUGUGCUGCGUGCGUGCAUUACUACCACGAAGGUCGCUGUGUGCCCACCUGCCCUGCUGGCACCUACAAGUUUGAGGGUUGGCGUUGCAUCAGUGCUGAGCUUUGCUCCAAAGUCCACCUCCCUGACUUUGACAGCUUCAUCAUCCACGCUGGAGAAUGCAUGCCUGAAUGCCCAUCUGGAUAUACCCGCAGUGCCCCCUACAGCAUGUUUUGCACUGCUUGUGAUGGUCUGUGUGAUAAAGUUUGUGAGGAGAAGGUCAUCGACUCCAUGGAUGCUGCUCAGUCUCUCAAAGGCUGCACUGUUAUCAAAGGCAACCUGGAAAUCAACAUCCGCAGAGGCCAUAACAUAGUGGCAGAGUUGGAGAGUUUCACAGGUCUGAUCCAGCGGGUGACUGGUUAUGUGGGGAUCAAACACUCACACACUUUGAGCUCCCUGGCCUUCCUUCGCAGCCUUAGAUACAUCGAUGGAGAAAGCCUUCUGGAUGACACAUAUGCUUUCUCAGCGUUUGACAACCAGCAGCUGCAAUAUCUUUGGGACUGGAAGCAGCACAACCUGACCAUCAAGACUGGGAAGGUGUUCUUCAGAGCCAAUCCGAAGCUGUGCAUGUCCGAAAUCCGUAGCAUGUGGGAGAAGACUGGCAUUCAGGGUCGCUUUGAUGACACACUCUUCAGAAACAAUGGUGACAGAGCCAGCUGUGAAAGCACUACCCUGAUGUUUAAGUCCAAUAGCACCAGCAGUACAAGGAUAAAGCUGACGUGGCAGCGCUACCGGCCCUCUGAUUACAGAGACCUCAUUAGCUUCAUUGUGUACUACAAGGAGGCGCCCUUUCAGAACAUCACAGAGUUUGAUGGUCAGGAUGGCUGUGGCUCCAACAGCUGGAAUAUGGUCGAUGUAGAGCUGAGGCAGGACAAAGACUUGGACCCUGGAGUUCUUCUCUCCAACCUGAAGCCCUGGACGCAGUACGCCAUUUUUGUUAAGGCCGUCACACUCAUGGUGGAAAACAAACGCAUGCCAAGUGCCAAGAGUAACGUGGUCUACAUCCGCACCAGCCCUGCAGCUCCCUCCAUGCCUCAGGAUGUGCGAGCUUACUCAAACUCAUCCACACAGCUGGUCGUGCGUUGGCUGCCCCCCGUCUCUCCAAACGGGAACCAAACGUAUUAUCUGGUAAGAUGGCAGCAACAAACUGAAGACCGUGAGCUGUACCAGCACAACUACUGCUCGAAAGAACUAAACAUUCCCUUCAGGAUUGCAGCUACGGGAGUCGGAGAGCAGGAAGAGGACACCAAACCCACCAAGGCAGAUUUUGAUGGGGCAGAGAAAGGUCCAUGUUGUCCCUGUCCCAAGUCAGUGGAGGACCUGGAGGCUGAGGCUGCUGAUGCCUCAUACCGAAAAGUCUUCGAAAACUUCCUGCACAACUCCAUUUUUACACCACGACCGCCAGACCGUCGCCGUAGAGAUCUGUUCAGCAUUGCCAACUCCACCGUGUCCCACCUCAGCCAUCCAUCCACCAACAGCAGCACGCUUCCCCCUCUCCAGAGUCCCGGUAAUGGCAGUGUAACGGAUCUGGCGCCAGCAGAGCAGGAGUUUGAGUUCAUGGAGCAGUCUGUGACAGAACGGGAGCUGCAGAUCUCGGGCUUGCAGCCUUUCACAGUUUAUCGAAUCGAUGUUCACGCUUGCAAUCGGCAGGUCGAACGUUGCAGCGCUGCAGAAUUUGUCUUCUCCAGGACCAAGCCUGCAGAGAAGGCUGACGACAUACCCGGCCCGGUGACCUGGGAGGGUCAAGAGGACUGGGUGUUUCUGCGUUGGCCAGAGCCAUCCCACCCAAACGGACUGAUCCUUAUGUAUGAAAUCAAGUUUAAACUGGCUGCUGAGACUGAGAAGCAUGAGUGUGUGUCUGGGCAGACGUAUCGGGCACAGCGAGGUGUUCGGCUGUCCAACCUCAGUCCUGGAAACUAUUCAGUCCGUGUCCGAGCCACUUCACUGGCUGGCAAUGGCUCGUGGACACACACGUUGGAUCUCUACGUGGCUGAAAAACAUGAAAACAUCCUCUACGCCAUGAUCUUCAUUCCUGUGGCCAUCAUCCUCUUCAUCUGCUUCCUGGGUACGGUGCUGGUUGUCCUCAACAAGAAGAGAAACAGUGACCGUCUUGGGAAUGGCGUCCUGUACGCGUCGGUCAACCCGGAAUAUUUCAGCGCUGCUGAAAUGUAUGUACCAGAUGAGUGGGAGGUGGCACGGGAGAAGAUCUCUUUGAGCCGAGAGCUUGGACAGGGAUCGUUCGGCAUGGUCUACGAGGGUGUGGCAAAAGGCGUGGUCAAAGAUGAGCCUGAGACCCGCGUGGCCAUUAAGACCGUCAAUGAGUUGGCCAGCAUGAGGGAGAGGAUCGAGUUUCUCAACGAGGCAUCUGUGAUGAAGGAGUUCAACUGUCAUCAUGUGGUUCGUCUUUUGGGAGUGGUCUCUCAGGGCCAGCCAACCCUUGUCAUCAUGGAACUGAUGACACGAGGAGACCUGAAGAGCUACUUGCGGUCCCUUCGACCAAAGGAGUUUGUGUGUCUGCAGCAGCAGUGGUCCAGUUUGUCUCUCCCUCCUCUAAAGAACAUGCUUCAGAUGGCAGGUCAGAUUGCUGACGGCAUGGCUUACCUCAAUGCCAACAAGUUUGUCCACAGAGAUCUCGCAGCCAGGAACUGCAUGGUGUCUGAAGGCUUCACUGUUAAGAUCGGAGACUUUGGCAUGACCAGAGACAUCUAUGAGACAGAUUACUACCGCAAAGGUGGUAAAGGUUUACUUCCUGUCCGCUGGAUGUCACCUGAGUCUCUAAAGGACGGCGUCUUCACCACGAACUCUGAUGUCUGGUCCUUUGGGGUGGUGCUUUGGGAGAUUGCCACUCUGGCAGAGCAGCCGUACCAAGGUCUGUCCAAUGAGCAGGUCCUCCGGUUUGUCAUGGAGGGAGGGCUGCUGGAGAAUCCACAGAACUGCCCCGACAUGCUGUUCGAGCUGAUGCGGAUGUGUUGGCAGUAUAACCCUAAGAUGCGUCCGUCUUUCGUGGAGAUCAUCAGCAGCGUUAAAGAUGAGCUGGACCCUUCUUUCACAGAGGUUAGUUUCUUCUACAGCACGGAUAACAAGCCACUUGUUGCUCCUCAGCUCCACUUGGACAAUACAGACAAUAUGGAUGAUGUUCCUUUGGACCCUCCCACUUCCCCCCAGCCACAACAAGCCACAGUACCCCAACAGACUCAGCCCUCGCCGGGGCCAGAGGCUCUGCCUGCGUCCUCUUUAGCACCUAGCUCCCCCCCCUCUCCCUGCCCCUCCACCUCUGCCGUGGACAAGCAGCCGUCUGGGCAACAGGCAGCCAAUGGCCUGUCGGGAACGGGCCUGCCAACGCGUACGCCCCUGGAUGACAUGCCGCCGUACGCACAUAUGAACGGAGGACGCAAAAAUGAACGUGCAAUGCCACUCCCACAAUCCUCCGCCUGCUGAUCACAUGGUGUCUCCUGCAACAUGCUGCUCUGCAGUCUGUCUCAGUGGGCAGGUUCACGUUAAAAAAAAAAAAAAAAAAAACAACUGGGCGUGGCUACCGACUGACGAGCAGUGACUCUUUGGAUGACAGAGAUCAUUGUUAGUUUAUGUUCUACUGUACGUCCACCCACUCGUUUUCAUCUUCUUGUAAUUUUGGUUCGUAGCAGCUGGCUGUCAGACGUGACCCUGCUGCCCAAGAAGACAACAGAGAAAAGGAAGAAAACAUCCUUAUUACUAAACUUAUUUUAUAAGUUGUUUUUUUUACUUUUUUAUAUGGAUUUCCAAACAGGGAACAUAUGUAGGCCUUUCUAAAUGACUGGUAUUUUGGUCACUUGUGGGUGGGGCAUUACGGCAAAGCUGUUGAACAUGUCUACAGAAGAAGAAGCAGAAGCACUUCCGGAAGGUCACCAUCUCUGGCGCCGAGUCGGCGUCUUGGCAGCUCUACAAACACUUCAAAACAAAACGAGUGGAGAGACUAAAGCUGCCAAACAAGUUGCCAAAUUGUACUUUUUUUCAAAUUCUCUUUUCUGCAGUCUUUAUUUUCCUGCAUUUUCGAAGGAAGGGCGGGGAAAAAAAUGCUGUUGUAAAAUCCAAAAAACAUCCUUUAUGUUUGUUCCCUGAGCUGAUCACAAAACCGCCAUCAGAAAGACUUUGUUACAUUGAUAUAAACGUGCUGUUACAUCACAAGUGCUGGUCCAUAAAACAUACAGCGAUUAAAGAAAAGCCCCCGAUGAGUUUACUGACCCGCUCAGAGCUGCUGCAACUCCAAAUUUUAAGACGGGUUCAGGAAUAAAUGCAGAUAAAUAUAUUAAAAAUUUUCUGUUUGAUCAGAAUAUUUAAUAAAAUGUGAUGAAACGGUAGCAGGUUCAUCAAAGUGUGUCACGCCUGCAUGUUGCACAUUUGUUUAAAUAUCCUGGUUGUAGGAAAUAGUUUAGUUGGCAUUGAUUGGUGAGGAGCAGCCCGUCUUGAGCGGGUGUGGACUUCACCUGGUCCAAGUUCAGAGGUGUAGCUGCUGGAUUCCACUUGACAUACAGCAGAUGGUUUCUUUGUUUGUUUGUUUUUUAUGUAGUUUUUCUAACUUUUUCUACAUUUGGAGACAUUCAUCGUGUUCAGACGCUGCUAUUUCAUAUUUCUCUUGUGGUUGUAAUAAAUUUAAAAUCUAUGUAUGAGAAGAGAAAAAAACCUCUACAGGUUGGAUCUAUGAACAAUUCCACUACAGUUAGGAUUUUUUUUUUUUUUUUUAUGUUUGUAAAAGUGUUUAAAGUCUUUUUUGUGCGUUGUGUAAACGUUGGGAGCGUUUGCCUUGUUUUUUUUGUUUUUUUUUGACGGCUCUAGUUUCUGCCUCUGUCUGACGUGAGGACGGCAACCUACCGAUAACUGCCGUGUUCUUCCUGUCAGUCUGAUGUUUGGAACCUGAUCCCACAGGGUGAUUUCAGAGUUUGGCUUUCUUAGUGAGUCUGCUGAGAGUCAACAAAUGUCUCCAUGGCUAUUCCUGAUGAGUGGGUCGUCCUGUGGCUUCUGGUGCCAGCCGUCACCGCAGAGUCCUCACUUAAUCUCAGGUCAAAAAUUUCAAUUUUUUUUUCUUCCAUUUUAUUAUAAUUAAACAUCCACAGAGACAUCCAGCCUGGAGCGUGUGCGAUUCUCUGUGAUCUGCUGAUUCUUCUCUUCUUCUGGCCCGUGUUUGUUACUGGAGCGGUGCGGAACCAAAGUGGGUCAGGAUCUGUUUGUGGUGGCUCCUUAACGCAGUUUGUGCUCUGUAACUGUAAUACUGGGUUCAAGGUUAAGCGCAAAUGCAAAAUAGAUGUUUAUUUAAUGUCGUAGUGAGCCUUAAAAAUGUAUUUUUUCUGAAGAAACUUGUAGAAUAAUUUGACUUUGUGUGUCUUUUUGUUUGUUGUUUGCUGCUGGAUUAAUUCACAUUAUUUAUCUUUCUGAUUACUGAUUCUGAUGAUUUUUGUGUUCAACAUUAAGUUAAAUUCACCUCAGUGCGAUUUCUUACAGAAUUUGUGAAACAGCCUUUUGAUGGGGCUGGGGGGAGUUGGUGAGGUGUUACCAUGGAAACACUAAAUCUCAAUAGCACACAUUUAAGUUAAACUAACUUUAUUUUGACAUCGGUAUGUUGAAGAUGUGCAGUUCAACGUGACCCAUUGGUCCCAGCAGGUUUGGUCUGAACAUACGAGCAGACCGUGUGGAACGAACAGACUUUAAACCCAAGAGACAAAGUCCUCCUCCAUGACUUUAUUAUUUAUAUUAUUUUUAUCUUUUUGACGUGUGAAUCACUGUAUAAAUACUUUGAAAGUUUUUUUUUUUCUUUCCUUUUUGAUAAAUGUGUGGGUUGAUUUUUUUUUUUUUUUUUUUUUUUUUUUUUUUUUUUUUUUGUGAUUUGGGGGAAGUUUUUGUCAUUCCUUCAAACAUACAUCUACCUCACUCUUUUUGUUUUCAGUCUUUUUGCAUGUACAGAACAACAAAAAUAUUUCUUUUCCAGCUGGAGCCAGCUUGGAGAGCACCGAAAUCAAACCACAGUCCAGAUCAGCCUUUAUGUCUGAGGUCAGUCUGACGUUUCUGAUGACCCAAAAAACAUGAGCAUAACAAUCCAGGUCAGUCUGACGUUUCUGAUGACCCAAAAAACAUGAGCAUAACAAUCCAGGUCAGUCUGACGUUUCUGAUGACCCAAAAACAUGAUCAUCACAAUCCUUAUCAGCUCUUAUUUCUGAUGGUCCAAAAAUAUGAUAAUACCAAUCCAGAUCAGGUUGAAGUUUAAAUUUUGCCCAAAAACAUGAACAUAAUCCAGAUCAGUCUGAAGUUUCUGAUGGCCCCAAAACAUGAUCAAAACAAUCCAGCUCAGUCUGAAGUUUCUGAUGGCCCAAAAAAUAUGAUCAUUGCAAUCCAGAUCAGUCUGAAGUUUCUGAUUGCCCAAAAACAUGAUCAUAACAAUCCAGAUCAGUCUGAAGUUUCUGAUGGCCAACAAAUAUGAUCAUAACAAUCCAGAUCAGUCUGAAGUUUCUGAUGGCCAACAAAUAUGAUCAUAACAAUCCAGGUCAGGUUGAAGUUUAAUUUUUGGCCCAAAAACAUGAACAUAACAAUCAAGCUCAGUCUGAAGUUUCUGAUGGCCCAAAAACAUGUACAUAACAGUCCAGAUCAAGGCACAUUUGUCACGUGAUGUUUUGAACCUUCGAUCUUCACAGUUUUGAAGGUUUUUUGGGACUUGUUCUUCAAAUGAAGGUUUUGUGUCAAUAGGAGUUGUUCUGUUUGUGGUUUCUUUUCAGUGGCAGUUCUCUCCCACCCACCCCACUGGAACCAAACAGCGAACAAACGUCUCAUUUAAAAGUUUUCUACCAUGUUGUAAAUUAUUUGAAGCUGAUGAGAUUUCUUUCAGAUUGUAUUUUGGUUUUUCUUUUGUACAUGCUGUUGUAAGAAUAAUUUGUCCCCCAUUAAUGAUUUAUCCUGAAUACUGAGAAAAAUUAUUGGCUGAAAGAAAAGUGUCAGUCUGAUUCUUUUUUUUUUUUCUACAAAUAAAAAUGUAUGCAAACGGUU